AUGGAGAAAAACUUCAGUUGGAAGCAGCUAAAGAGAUGUGACUGCUGUUCCCUCACACUUUCCAUAAAGCGCCGAACUGGCCCCUGUCAGAACCUGACCUGUUUUCCACCAGACACGCGUUGCGUUGGGACAUGUGACCUCGGGGAGGCGCCGCUUCCUGUAUAUCUGAACGAAAAGAUCUUAAAGCAGCCUGUGGACUUCACCAGACUCGUUCCUGAGUACCAGAAGUUCUGCAAGUCCUUCAUCACCACAGCCGUGAAACAAAAUAAGCCAUUCUUUCUAUAUUAUGCAGCACAUCACACUCAUUAUCCACAGUUUGCAAGCGCUCGUUACACAGGACGUUCUCUACGGGGAAAGUACGGAGAUGCUCUUCUUGAGUUUGAUGGAGCUGUAGGAGAAUUGAUACAGACCUUGUGGGACCUUAAAAUCCAGGAAAAUACGCUGGUUAUCUUCACGUCAGACAACGGGCCAGAAACCAUGCGUAAGGAACGAGGAGGUAGCUCAGGGCUCCUGAAAUGUGGCAAAAGCACCACGUACGAGGGAGGCCUGAGGGAGCCAGCAAUAAUGUACUGGGAGGGGAAGAUCAAGUCAGGAGUAACCUCUGAGCUUGCCACCACCCUGGACAUUCUCCCCACACUGGCAGCCCUAACAGGUGCCCAUCUGCCCAACAUCACACUGGAUGGAUAUGACCUUAGCAAACUUCUUUUACGUGGUGUUAAAGUGAGUAGAGUGAAGGUUUCUGGGUCUAGUCCAUUGUUUUUAUGUGCUCAAAGCAGAAAAAUUAUCAUUGAGCUGCGGGUUCAUGGGUUAUAA